CUGAGGAGAAGCCGAAGUCAGCAGAAGUGGGUUAGCAGUGAGAGAGAGACUUUUUUUUGUGUGGGAAAGAUGGUUUCAAUUAAAUCGCCGUCUCUGGUGCCGGUGUCCUGCGCGCAGGCUCUGCUCGGUGUGGGCUGCUUGGCUUUCGCCCUCCUCGCCUUCCUGCUGGUUCGCCAGCUCGUCAAGCAGAGACGACCCCCAGGCUUUCCUCCUGGUCCUUCUCCCAUCCCUGUGAUAGGAAACAUCAUGUCUCUGGCCACCGAGCCGCACGUCUUCCUCAAGAAGCAGAGCGAAGUUCAUGGACAGAUCUUCAGUCUCGAUCUGGGAGGCAUCUUGACAGUGGUCUUAAACGGAUAUGACUGUGUCAGGGAGUGCCUUUACCAUCAGAGCGAGGUGUUUGCUGAUCGUCCAUCGCUGCCUUUAUUCAAGAAAAUGACCAAAAUGGGUGGACUCCUCAAUUGUAAAUAUGGCAAAGGCUGGAUUGAACACCGGAAACUGGCUUGCAACUCUUUCCGUUACUUUGGCAGUGGACAGAGGCUGUUUGAGAGGAAGAUCUCAGAGGAGUGCAUGUUCUUUGUGGAUGCCAUAGAUGAGCACAAGGGAAAGCCCUUCAACCCCAAACACCUGGUGACCAACGCUGUGUCCAACAUCACCAACCUCAUCAUCUUCGGACAGCGUUUCACUUACGACGACCGCAACUUCCAGCACAUGAUCGAAAUAUUCAGUGAGAACGUGGAGUUAGCAGUGAGCGGCUGGGCCCUCCUCUACAACGCCUUCCCCUGGAUUGAGUAUGUGCCCUUUGGGAAACACCAGAAGCUGUUCCACAAUGCUGCUGAGGUGUAUGACUUCUUACUGCAGGUGAUAAAGGGUUUCUCACAGGGCAGGGUGCCACAGGCACCUCGCCACUAUGUGGAUGCCUAUUUGGAUGAGUUGGAGCAGAACGCGGGUUCCCCCAGCUCCUCUUUUUCCUACGAGAACCUCAUCUACUCAGUGGGAGAGCUCAUCAUUGCCGGCACAGAGACCACAACUAACACACUGCGCUGGGCCAUGCUGUACAUGGCUCUCUACCCAAACAUACAAGAGAGGGUGCACAGGGAGAUCGACAGCGUGCUGUACAACGGGAGGGCUCCCACUCUGGAGGACAAACAGAAGAUGCCAUACGUGGAAGCUGUCCUGCACGAAGUCCUUCGCUUCUGCAACAUUGUCCCACUUGGUAUUUUCCGUGCCACCUCCCAGGACGCAAAAGUCAAGGGUUACACGAUUCCCAAAGGCACCAUGGUGAUCACGAACCUCUACUCUGUGCACUUCGAUGAGAAGUACUGGAUCGACCCGGGGGUGUUCUCACCACAGAGGUUUCUGGACAGCAAUGGCAACUUUGUGAGGCGUGAGGCCUUCCUGCCAUUCUCCCUGGGGAGGCGUUGCUGCCUGGGCGAGCAGCUGGCCAGGAUGGAGAUGUUCCUCUUUUUCACCACUUUGCUACAGAGGUUUCAUCUUCAGUUCCCCCCAGGAGCCGUUCCCACCGUCACUCCCAAACUGGGCAUGACCUUACAGCCCAAACCGUACUCCAUCUGUGCCGUCCGCAGGCAGCAGAGAAGUCCCUGCUUUGGAGACACUCCUUAUCACAAGUAGGCGAGCAGGAAUUUAUUACAGCUUGUUCAAGUGUUCAAGCCAGAAUUUUACUAUUUUGCACAGCAAUGCAAUCACAUGAUACAGGUGCAUAAGAGUGCAUCACUCUUGAUUGUAGCGUCAUAGUUUUUCCAAAGGACUUUAAGUGACAAAAGAAGCUCUCUGCAUGUGGACACGUGUUCCAGUUUAUUCAGUUACUAUCGUUUACUUUUACUGAGCAAUAUGCAUGUUUGCACAAUACUUUUAUGCAGCAGGGGAGGUGUCAAAGACUUGGUGCUGAAAGGACAUUCUGGGAACACUCGGGUGGCUAUUGAUUUAGUUCUCAGUAGUUCAGAGUUGCGCGGAGCCCAGAAAAUGAAAUGUCUGUGAACCUUGGUGCGGUGGGAUGGGUUACGUCUACGUCAAUGAUUGAUAGGAAGUACAGCUAUGGUGGUUCAUAGCCCUGCCUACUCAGGACAGCUUCAGGUCAGACAAAUGACGCCACUAAUUUGGACGUGUGGGGCGAAAUAGGGCUUUCCAAGAAGGUUCUGGACGCUGUGUGUUGGAGCUGGAUGUGGGCCAAGAUUUACAUCAUCUGGACUGACUCUGCCGCCUCCUCCAGGGAUAGCGCUUUGUGGAAAAUGUGUCUCUCAGAAGACAAAUGCAACCCUGGUGGAUUUCUAGAAACUGACUAUGCAACACUGAUUUCUGCUAAAUGGUGCUUAUCAGUACUAACACAGUACUGCUUUUAUGUGUAAGGUUAAAGUUUGUCCUUUUUUUGCAAUACUGGUGAUAUGAGUUUUUUUGUGUAUUCAUAAAGUAUUUCUUAUAUUUAAAACUUGCCCUGUCAUCUUUUAGAUGCUGCUGAAUCACUAAACCUGAACUCUGAAAUGUGUAAAGAUGUCAUAUUUAUUACUUCCACACAUUUGUACCCAGAAUGUCUCAUCCAGUACUUGCAGAAUAAUUCCAAUAGGAUACAGCUUUUUGAUUCUGUGUCUCAAGUCUCAGGACACCAAACGUUAGUUAUCACAAGCUGUAAAACCUGUGUGCUCAGAAAGGUAAAAAUCAGCUGUGUCACUCAUGUUCUGAGUUUACCUCCCCCACCUUUGCACUGGGAAGUGCAAUGGGAAUUCAAUACAUGAUGUGCUUUAUCUUCUUUUUGUGUCCACAUGGGGGCAGAGCAACAAGCUGUAAGCACACUGACAUAGAAUAACCAUGAUAUGGCCAUGGUGUUAACAAAUAGUGGCCUAUUCACACAUUGGGGCGACACAGAAAACAGCAUCCAUUUGGAGUCAUGUUUAAGGUGACCUGGUGAAGUUUGAUAAUCACUCUCAUUUUAUCUCAGUUUACCAAUUAACCUGAGGGGAAUAUCUGGGACCGGCUACCCAAAACACCUUAAGUUAGGAUUUUCCUCAAAAUAACAUUGGUUGCACAAAACACCCUUAAACCUUUCUUUACAUGUUCACAUAAGUAUUCAAGGCUUUCUCCUUUUCUUAGUCCUAUACUUAAGGGAUCCCUAAACCAUUGCACAAAAGUCUUCAGCAACUAAAGUAAGGCAACUAGGUUCUACUAAAGUUCUGCAACUAGGAGAAGCCAAUAGAUUUGCUUUUGAUUUUACACUGUGGAUUUGACUGAAUUAAUUUUCAUCACAGGUUUCCUCCCACAAUCACAAAUAAACCAAAUAAACCCAUGCUAAUAAUCUCUUUGAAUGCAGUAGAUGCCUUAUUGUUAUUCCUUAACUAAGAAAACAUAGGGACGACAGAUGGAAAUUAGCCAUGAGCUACAAUCUGGCAUAUUUACAUGUACUACUGUACUAUGUUUAUUAAUAUGUACUGUCCCUACCUUAAAUAAAUAAAUUGUAAUUGUAACUAUAAUAUUAAGGGAAUCUGUGCAACAUCCUUAAAUAAGUCCCUCGGCUAAGGAGGAAUUCUGCCCUAAGUGUCAUACUUAAAGAGAUAAUUUGAGGUGUUUUGUGCAACCAGUCUCUGGCUCUUUAGCUGCUAAAUACUCCACUUCGUUCAUAACUGUGUUUGUCUGUCUGCUGUCUGAUGUUGGGGAGGCAGUACACUCUAUCUUUUAAGAACUUCACCAAAAACAGACUCCUGCUUCAACCCAAAGUGACACUGAUGACCAAAAUAAUAUGCUGAAAGAUGCUCCAAGGGGAACUGUAUUAAUAAUCAAUUAAUAAUAAUAAUCACCUGAGAAUGACAGUGUUGUGUUUUCAUCACCGUAGAAUGAGCCAUUUAUAUCAACACAUGGAGCAGGUCCUCUUCCAUGGAGUCCGCCAUGCUGUUUCUACAGUAGCCCAGAACAGACAAGCCAGUCUCCAGAUGGUGCCAUUUAUGUUUUCAUGUCAGCUACCAUAGUUCUCCUACACACUUGGCACAUGGGAGAAGUUUCAGUUGUGCAACCUCACCGCUAGAUGCCACUAAAUCUUACACACUGGACCUUUAGUGUAAAAACAUUUAUUAUAGCAGCUAUAAUAAUUCAUUAAUAUGGCUGAGUACAUCUCUGCUCAGGUUAAGGUGGAUGGAGUUAUCCAGGGUAUCAUGCCAAUAUAUGGCAUCCCAUUAUAUCAAGUGCAAUCUUGACAGUUUCUCUACACCCGCACUGUCCUAAUGGGAGGUGUCAUCAGGCUUGUAAGAGGAAACACCUGUGUUAAGAUACAUUUUGUGUGUUAAGGGCAGUGAACUUAUGGCCUGUGGGCCAAACCUGACCCAUGAUAGGGUGCUGGGUGGCCCACUGACCAUUUUUCAAAUUCACAAUAAAAAUAUAUUGAUUCACACUGAGAUUUUUUUUCUUGUACUUUGACUGUAAAUAGGGUGCCAUAGUACAUUUAAAAAAGCAUCAAAGCAGAGCUUGUUUAUAAAAAAAAAACCAAAAAAAAACAUAAGGUGCUAGUGGAGGAUUCCCCAGAUCUCCCGACAUCAGUCUGGGCUAAACCAUGAAAUGUCCUCAAAUCCAAGACCCCUGCUUGCUGCUACUGGAUUUGCCAUUUGGCAAAGGCUCGUGAGGCCAUCACGUCAAAAGGUUUUAUAUACUAAUCAAUUGUUUUGUUUGGUUCUGGCCUCCUGUCAUUUUGCAUAAGUGGCCCCCGGGCAAAACAUUCUGAGUAUCCCUGGUUUUGGGUCUUUAAUGUUAUUCUUCUUAGGUUGUUUGGGGUGGCACGAACACAAAAAGAAAGCAGUGAUACAUACACCAAUCAGCCAAAACAUUAAAACCACUGGCUGGUUAAGUAAAUAACAUUC